GUGUCUAGUCACGGAAGUGAUCAGUCAUCGUUUUCUAGGAUAUCUCCAAAUUUGCAACAAAAUCGCCGCGCGCGUUCCAUCCAGGCCGCCAUCCCGACGAUCCCAACUUGCCAACGUCUGCUAACCAACGAGUGCAACCUAACUCCGGUGAUUCAGCCAGUUCAGCGCCCUGUGAAGCGGUCGUCAAACAAACCAGGCCCCUCAACGUCCCGUUGCGGUCCCGUCGGCUCCGUCGGCUUGCGCAGCCAGAACGUACGUCGGCGCUGUGUGCGUGCGCCGCUGCUCGGCUCUGCUCGUCGUGGUGCGCUGAUUUGAGUUACGUCGUGCUGCGAGUUUUGACGGUGGCCAUCUUUGCAAUCGGCUAUCGAAGGUCCUUGGUUUGCGAGCCCGUUGCCUGGUGGAACGAACCAGUAUUUAUUUAAUACCACACCACAUCAAAUGGCUUUAAAACGAAUCAAUAAGGAAUUACAAGACCUUGGUAGAGACCCUCCAGCACAAUGUUCAGCAGGACCAGUUGGAGAUGAUUUAUUUCAUUGGCAAGCAACAAUUAUGGGACCACCCGACAGUCCGUACCAAGGUGGCGUUUUCUUCUUAACGAUUCAUUUUCCUACAGACUAUCCAUUCAAGCCGCCUAAAGUCGCGUUCACCACUAGGAUCUAUCAUCCAAACAUUAACAGUAAUGGAAGCAUUUGUCUUGAUAUAUUACGUUCACAGUGGUCGCCAGCGCUAACAAUCUCAAAAGUACUGUUAUCAAUCUGCUCACUUUUAUGUGACCCAAAUCCAGAUGACCCGCUGGUACCUGAGAUUGCUAGGAUAUACAAAACGGAUCGGGAGAAGUACAAUGAGCUGGCGCGCGAGUGGACUCGCAAGUAUGCUAUGUGAUGUCCCGGCCCCCGACCCGCACUUCUCACGUUAGAUGAAAAAAAAAACAACAACAACAAACAACCUAUAAUAAUAAUAUUUAAUUGAAUGAGAGAAAAAUUACACAAAAAGCAAAAACAAAAUAUACAUACAUAAACAGAAAAUACAAAACGUAAACCUGCAGUUGGUGGCAAAGCGAUAAUCGAUUCGAAACACUAUUUGGCCAUUCGGUGGGACAAGAAGAACAACACAUCCCACAGCAACAGCAUGCCAUUCAGCAGCCACACUGCGAUUUACCGAUACCAAUUGGAAGCAAAACUGUUCACAGAAAUACAAAACAUCCACCCACACAUACACACAAACACACACACACGUUUCAGUCUUGAUUUUUAAACCUGGGGGCCGAUGGUGUCGUUCGGGGUGAUGUCCGCGAGUACGUACAGUAGCCCGGGCGCCGGUCGGGAGCGCCUGCUGGACCACCGCGACGGCCGACAUUUAACAUAAUUAUUUUUCAUUUCUUACAAUUAGUGUCAACCGAUUGUACAUUUUGCUUAUAUAUACAAGAAACUUAUAUGAUAACAUUAAGUAAAGCGAGUGCCCUGUGCGCGCGGCCGACGUUCGGGAUACAUACAUAUUAUUAUUAAAUUACGAUUUACGAUACGAUAAUAUAUAUAUAAAGAAAUGUACUUUAGGAUAAAAACAAGCAAAGGUAACAGCGGUAUGCGAGUAUGCAAACAACAGUGGAUAAGAAAGACACACAGGUUUUGUCGCUCUUCUUCUCUUUUUUUGUUUCGAUCACACAACACUUUGAUUGACUAUUAUUUAUUAAUUGUUUAGACACUAGAUGACUAUCGCUACAUUUAAUUUGUUUUUUCUUUUUUGAUAUCUGAUUGAUUUGAAUUGAAAAAUGAACAAAAAAUGUGAAAAAAUGUGCUUGUUACGGUUUCAUCUCUGGUCACUGUCGGCUCAUCUAUCCCACAAUCACGAAUCACUAGCGAAGUAAGCCGAGCAAACACUUCUUUCUUUGGCGAUGAUUAAAGAAUAAGUAACGCUCUCGGGGUGCAUAUAUAAUAAAUAUUUCGUAUUUACAAAACAACUUAAAAUAAACUACAGAAACUGUAUAAUUGAAUAACUUGAGUGUUUCAACACGAGAUGUAAAAUUCAUAAAAUGUAACACAUUACUUUGCACACGUAAUUCGAAGCGUGAAGCAGCCAGUCAUCCAUCUACGUUUCCAUGUCUGAUAUUAAGUUCUUAUAUGAAAAACUCGCGCGUGCGUGCGUCCCAGGUGUGUGAAACACACUCAUAUUAAUAAUUGUUAGAUAAAUUACUAAUGUGUAGGUCUUGUGGUUCAACUAGGUGUAUUAUAAUAAAAUUAUUACGAAAACGA